AUGGUCUCAAAUAUCUGGCUCCCAUCACAUAGGCACAGUGAGGCCACUCAUCAUGCUCUCAUCUACUACGUGUGCGGCAAUCCAGGCCUCAUUGAGUACUACACCGACUUCUUGAAGCUGCUCCGCGGUCUCCUUGACAAGGUUGAGCACGACACGGCCUACGAUAUUUACGGCAGAAACCUCUUUGGAUUCGUUGACGAUGAGCAUGAGCCUUUUGGCCCCGAGAACCAGCCGUGGGAUCUCAAUGGCCAGAUUGAGGGUAUCUACGACGACGUGGCGGCUAGACGUGCCGACUCGAAGCCUUACGACUUUGUCACCCUCAUGGGCCAUUCUGUUGGCAGUUAUAUCUGCGUCGAGAUAUUUCACAGGCACUUGGAGUCUCCUGAGAGGGCACCUCACCUGAACCUUCGUCAUGGCUUCCUUCUCUUCCCGACGUUGACGCAUAUUGCUCGUUCGCCAAGUGGUCUCAAGGUCACGGCACUUCGUCGCGCAGUGCCUUUUCUCGAUACCACCACGCACAUUGUUGCGCGGCUGCUCCUUAGUUUCUUGACCGUGGCAGGUCUGACGUGGUUGGUGCAGCGAGUCAUGGGCUUCACUCCUCCAACAGCGUCCGUGACAGCACGCUGGCUCAAGAGCAGAGACGGCGUCCGACAAGCGGUUCACUUGGGCAUGUCGGAACUCGAAACAAUAUGCGAAGAGCGAUGGAGCGAAGAACUCUGGGCCGCAAGCCAAGGACCCAAGGGAGACGCACCUCGAUUCUUUGUGUUUUACGCAAAGUCGGAUCACUGGGUCGACGACGGCGAAAGAGAGGGCUUCAUCGAGAGGCGGAGGGGAGGAGUUACGAAGAUCGAGGUUGAUGAGGGAGAUAUCCCGCAUGCGUUUUGCACGAGAGAUGAUGCGAGUUUGGAGGUUGCGAAGAGGGUUUGUGGGUGGGUUGAGGAGAUUGAUCGAGUUGGGGAGAACCAUUGA